AUGUCAUCAAAGAUUCAAACAAACAUUGUGGAACCAUUCUUGGUUUUGCGACAAAGCCUGGCGCCCCUCAAGCUAUCCAGAUGGCAGAUGAUGAAAAUUUUUGCCAAAACACUGGUAUUCGGAUCGUUGCCUUGGGGGGUUUUCCUUGUCACAGUCACUUCGGUGAUUCUACUUUAUGUUUUUCGGGCGAUAUUUGGUGGGAAGCAGGUCCAAAUGCCGCAAGAGCUACCUGUUUUGAAAAGAAAUGACUCUCACUAUGAGAAUAUAGUAAAAGAAGGAAGGGAGAAAUACCCAAACGAACCUUUUCUCGCGGUCAAUAAGCGCCACAGCUUUGUUAUCUUUCCCCGACAAUGCUUUGACGAACUGAAGCGACUUCCGGAGCGUACUGCUUCGGCCAAGGGUUUCUUCCAUGCUGCAAACUAUGGCGAUUGGAGUCUUAUUGGCACUGAAACACCAGCACUCCUCAAAUCUAUCAUGGCCGACCUUACUCGUGCCUUGCCUGCACGAGUUCUCAAUCGACAGCAAGACACACAAAAAGCCUUUGAUGCUAUCGUUGGGCACUGUCCUGACUGGAAAGCCUUUAAUCUGAUGAUGACAGCUUUCGAAAUCGUCUCUCAAAUCAACGCCUGUUCCUUUGUCGGCAGGGACCUAGGGUGCAAUCGCAGCUGGGUGAGAGCGGUCAUGAUGUCUCCAUUGCUUAUUCAUGUUGCAGUUACACUUACGAAUGCUUGCCCAGCCAUUCUGAGGCCGUUGAUGAAACCCAUUCUCUUUCUACCUUCAUUGAAGAAUCAGUGGGACAUGAAGCGCCUUCUGACACCAAUGCUCCAAAAUGACAUAAAGACGUUUAAUGAAGCCAAGGAUAAGAAGGAAUUACUGCGCCCUAGGGUGGAAGGAGAUAUUCCAUUCACUGCUUUCCUACUCUCUCGCUAUAAAGCUGCCGAGGCCACUAUCAAACAGCUUGUCACCGACUAUGUACUAGUUAGCUUUGACUCGACACCUUCAACUGCAUCAGCAUUAUAUCACGCUCUUUGCGAGUUGGCGCAGCAUCCCGAAGCAGCAAAAGUCAUGCGACAGGAGAUUGAAGAGGUUAUGGUAGACGGUCAACUUCCGUCGACUCAUCUACAAGAGUUGAAGCGAAUGGAUAGUUUCCUGCGAGAGUCUUUCAGGAUGCACCCCGUCAGUCUCUUCACCCUUCAACGCUAUAUUGAGACACCCGUGAAACUCUCCGUCGGCCCAACCAUUCCAGCCGGUGCUAUUGUCGGCAUCGACUCUCAGUCUAUCAACCGAUCACCUGAGCUCUGGGAAGAUCCGGACAAAUUCGACAUGGACCGUUUCUACCGACUACGUGAGCAACCAGGCAAUGAUAAUCGCUACCACUUCUUAACGACUGGAUCUGACUCACCAGGCUGGGGUGAUGGAACACAGGCCUGCCCGGGUCGCUUUUUCGCCACCAGCACGCUCAAGAUUGCGCUAGCACAUGUCGUUAUGAACUAUGACAUUAAACUUGAGGAAGGAUGCCUCCCUCUGAACAUCACGCCGCUGGCCAAUGGAACCUGGAAACCAGAUGAUAAAGUAACAGCAUACUUCAAAUCCAGAUCUUAA